AACAAAUCAAGCUUUUCCCCAACAAAAUUUUGUGAUAAAACAAAUAAUAAUGCCAGAAGGAUAAAAACUAAAAUGACUCUUCAUUUGUCCCCCUUCUAUCCCUCUCCAUAGCCGGCCUUUCUUUAAUUAAAUCCAUUCCAUUUCUUCUUUUUCGUCCUUUUAAUUCAAUCUCAAAUCUCAUUUUCCUUUGUGAUUCAAACUUUCCCCUUCUUGUGUUUUUCUUUUUUCCUAGGAAUUUUUUCAUUUGGAUACAAACUGAAUUACGUGAUAUUGAGGUGGAAGUAAUAAAGUUGUUUCCUUUUUAAGCUUUUAUGAGGUGGGUUUGAUCUGGAUUUGGCGUUUGGGUUGGAGGGAAAUUUAUAGGAGUUUCAAUUUGGGUUCUCCUUAUUUUUGGAUUUAAAAAUUCCGGGUUUGAUUUGAAAUGGUCUAUUUCCGUAACUCUAUCUCAGUCUGCAACUCGGUUGACCAGGCUUCUUCAGCUCCGAUCAUGGCAAGUUCUGUGAAUUCAAAUGAUCUUGUGAUGAACAACAAAUCGUCGUCGUCGUCGUCAAGAAACAAUCUUUACAAGAAACAAAAGGUAUUCAAUUCACCAAGUUGUUUAAAGAUUCCAUCUUGUGAAAGAUCAAGAUCCGCUGCCAUUGAUGUUGUCAUCUUGAUUGCUGUGAUCGCUGCUUGUGGAUUCUUGUUGUAUCCAACUAUAAAGUGUCUAUCAUUGAAAUUGAUUGGAUUCAUUGGAACUGCCUUUUACGUUAUUGGUGAGGAAAUUAUGAGAGCUCCUAUGAUAUAUGGGUCCAUAGGACUUGGUUUUUCUUGUGCUGCAAUAGCUGCUUGGAUUUUGCUUCUAUGUACAACCAAGAAAUGCAGGAACCCUAACUGUAAAGGGCUUAGGAAGGCGGCCGAAUUCGAUAUUCAGUUGGAAACUGAGGAAUGUGUCAAGAAUUCCUGCACUUUGGUUAAAGAUGGUGUUAAGAAAGGGCUUUUCGAAUUGCCCCGCGAUCAUCACAAGGAAUUGGAAGCUGAACUUAAGAAGAUGGCACCCGUUAAUGGACGAGCGGUGCUCGUAUUCCGAGCCAGGUGUGGAUGUUCUGUAGGCAGGUUGGAGGUUCCAGGACCAAAGAAGCAAAGAAAGAUCAAGAAAUAGGGUCUUGGGAUAUGAAUAUCAUAGAGAGAGAGGAAUUAAAGCAAUGCAGAAAGUAGUCAUAAUGCAUUGAGGAAUGCCCUUCUCUGGUUAGUCUAAUCAGAAACUAUGCUGUCUUUAAAUAAGCUUUCAUGGCAAAACGUUGUAAGGAUUACAUACAGUUGGUUAUAGUGGAGAAUAUAAGAAGCUGUUCUUUCCA